AUUCACAUUCAAGAUAUGCCUCCUAAGAAAAGAAGAACGAAAAAGAAGGAUGUCAAAAAAGGGCAUGCUAAGAAGACACUUAAAAAGUUGAUAGGAAUCGACAAUGAAACGUUCACGGAACUAUCAAAAGAGUACUUCCUAAUUCAAGUACGGGAUCUUGAAGCACGCUUAAUGCGAUAUCAAAAUAAGUGCGAUGAGCUUGAAAUUUCUAACAAGAAGUACGAAAGUGAAAGAGAGCAGUUACACCAUGAAAAUUCAGAGAUAACGGCGUUUUUACGCCGACAACUCGAUCACAAGGUAGAAGAAAUCGCAGACCUUCAGGAUAGACUUUUAGGUUUACAGCAAACAAGAGAAGCAGAGAAAGAGACAUACGAAACUCAGAUUACAGCUCUCAGACAAGAAAUUGUCGAAACAAAGGAACAACUAACUUCAGAAAAUAUGAUUUUGAGCGGAAAGUUGGCUUCGCUAGAGGAAUUUAAGCAGCAAAAAGAAGAACUAUUAGAGAAGUUUGCAGAAAUGGAGAUUAAGCUACAACAACAACAAGUUGAGCACAAGGAUGCAAUAUAUAACUUAGAAAAAAAAGCAGUUGUGGAUAAAGACAGACUCAAGAGAGAAAUGGUUCAACGAGUAAAUACUGUUGCAGCCGAAUUUCGCAAAGUCUCCAACAAACAGAUGGCGGAUACUACUAAGAGGACUAUUCGAGAAAAUGUAUCUAUUAAUGCUCAGCUUGGAAAAAUGUCUGAUAAAACUAUGGAAUUAAUCCAGGAAAAUGAUAUGUUGCGAAUUAAAGAGAAAAAGCAUCAUCAACAAAUUGAGCUCUUGGAAGGAAACGAAAAGGAAUUAGCGAGAAAGAAUAUUAGUAAUCAAAAGGUUAUUUAUAUAGUUACCUUAUUAGGUAUUUCUAUGUUUUCGAGAGCUAAUAUCGCUAUGGAUAGGAGGAUCCAAAAAUUUUGA